AAAUGUGCUCACUUUAGCACAGAUCAGGACAAACAGCAGAGAUUAUGAUUAUGGAAUCAGAGAUGAUACGUCUGGCUCUCUGCCAGGCUGAUGAUAGAUAGCAUCAAAGUGAGUACUGAGAGGGGUUGAUGUUGCAUGUCUUUUUUCCCCCCAUAUAUAAUAUUAUUGGCGGGGUGUUUCUGUGCGUGUGUGUGCGAGUGGAGAGCUUAAGAGAUUAAGCUACGGCCUCAGUUGGAAGACCCCUCUGCGGGGCUUUCUCUCUGCGGGGAGGCUCCCUCGCCGGCGUCCUCUUUGCACGGCUCCGCGCUCACAGCUCAGGGAGUCGGCCUUUUUCCCUCCUCCUUUGCACCUUGAUGAGGGCUCCUCCAUCCAGGAGCGUUGCUCAUUUCUGAGGAGGACAAUGGGGCGGAGAAUUUAGGACACACGGCAGAGUGGGCCACUUAAAAGGGAUUGGAGACGGGGGCUGCUAAGGAGCUCAUCAUAGUCAUGGCAGCUUUCCAUAGCAAGGAAAACUGCAAGGUCCUGCUCAUGUUUCAACAGCCAAGCUUCAAGCUGUAACCCCACCAGGUGGUUCUCACUCCAGCAUCAUGCUGCGCCUCGCCCUGCUCCUCCAUCUACUGCUCCUCUCCUUCACUCCUGCAGGUGCUUCGCUUCAUGAGGAGUUUACGGAUCUCUGUGGAGACGAAGCUGUAGGUUUCGGGCCAGUGUUUGAGGAGCAGCCAGUGGAUACCAUCUACCCCGAGGAGUCAACGGAGGCCAGAAUUACCAUGAACUGCCAGGCUAAAGCUAAUCCACCUGCCACAUACAAAUGGACGCUAAAUGACAGAGAAAUUGACAUCGAAGCAGAAAGCAACCACUACAGUUUAAUGGAGGGCAACUUGGUUAUCAGCAACCCGGUUAAAAGCAAACAUGUGGGCAAAUACUCCUGUUCAGCCACCAACAUGUAUGGAACUGUCAUCAGCAAAGAAGCAUCCGUCCAGUUUGGAUACCUGGAUUUCUUCUCAACGGAGGAAAGGACCACAGUUUAUGUCAAAGAGGGUCAGGGUGCAGUGCUGCUCUGUGCUCCUCCACCACAUUUUCCAGCCAAGCUGUCCUUCAGAUGGAUCCUCAACGAGUUCCCCACCUUCAUCCAACUGGACAAGCGCCGAUUUGUCUGCCAGACAACCGGGAACCUAUAUAUCUCAAAGGUGGAGUCGUCUGACAGAGGCAACUACUCCUGCAUAGCGUCAAGCCACUCGAUUUCAAAGAGUGUUUUCUCCAACUACAUCCCGCUGCAGCCCCUGACUGAACGUCCCAACAGGAAGUACCCCGCUGACCUCCGAGUGAAGUUCCCAGACACCACUGCUUUGGUUGGACAGAACAUCACCCUGGAGUGCUUCGCUUUAGGGAAUCCUGUGCCUGAGAUCCACUGGAGAAGAAUGGAUGGACAUUUGCCCCCAAAUCAUGACCUGCGGAUGUCAGGUUCUCAGCUGCAUCUGUACAAUAUCCAGGUAAAAGACAGCGGGGUCUACAAGUGUGAGGCAAUCAACUCUAAAGGAAAAGACUUCCACUCUGCGCGGGUGUCUGUUGAAGCUUAUCCUGAAUGGGUGGAGCACAUCACAAGCAAAAAGAAGGAACUCCAUAGCAACUAUACCAUGUCAUGCACGGCCCGAGGCAGACCAGAACCUAAAAUCCGUUGGCUGAAAAAUGGUCAACAGGUNGAUGAAAAAGACGUUCACUUUAGGAGCUUGACGUUUGAAAAUUCUGGGAUGUACCAGUGCAUAGCAGAGAAUCGUCAUGGAGUUCUUUAUGCCAAUGCAGAGCUGCAGGUGUUUGCCUGUCCUCCCACUUUUGAGCAUAACCCAAUAAGGACAGUCCUGGCGGCUAAAAACAGUCGGGCGGUGCUCGAGUGUCGACCGAAUGCAGCGCCAAAGCCCAGCUUCACCUGGAGCAAAGGAACUGAGCUGCUCUCCAACUCCACCAGGAUGUUCAUCUGGGAGGAUGGAAGCUUAGAGAUCCGGGAUGUGACGGCGUCAGACGAAGGCCAGUACACCUGCUUCGCCAGCAAUAUCCUGGGCAAGGCCAGCAGCGAGGGGUCACUGCUGGUUACAGACUCCACCAGGAUCACCCUGCCGCCCUCCGACGCCGACGUUAACGCCGGGGAGAACGCCUGGAUGCGGUGUGCGGCGUCACAUGACCCGACUCUGGACAUCACCUUCAUCUGGUCCCUGGACGGACGAGUCAUUGACUUACACAAGGAGAGCCAGCAUUAUGAACGAGUUCCUAACGGAAGUUCCAGUGAUGAGCUGCAGAUCAAAAAUGCUCAGGUGAAACACGCUGGACUUUACAGCUGCACGGCGCAGACCCCGGCGGACAACGUCACCGCCUCUGCCCGCUUGAUAGUGAGGGGUCCCCCUGGAGCCCCGGGUGGGGUUCGAGUAAUAAACAAGACGGAAAGGACUGUGACACUGCAGUGGAGCCGGGGAGCGGACAACCACAAAUCAAUCUCCAAAUACACCAUCCAGCACAGAGACGAGUUCUCGAAGGAUGCCUGGAGCAAUGCCACGACAUCUCCUGCAGAUGUUGAGGGAAAUGCAGAAACAGCCACUGUUGUGAACUUGUCCCCCUGGACAGAGUAUGAGUUCAGGGUCAUCGCUGCCAAUAUCCUUGGCUCAGGAGAGCCCAGCAAACCAUCACCUAAAGAGAGGACUCUGGAAGCAGUUCCUGUGGUGGCGCCGUCAGAGGUCGGUGGGGGUGGAGGUACUGGUAGGGAGCUGAUUGUCACAUGGACGCCAGUUCAGCCAAAGUACCACUACGGCCCCGACUUUGGCUACAUUUUAGCCUUGAAACCUCAGGACCAGAAAGAGUGGAAAAGGCUGAAAGUAACUGACUCUCAAAGCAAGCGGUACGUCCACAAAGACUCCAGCAUGGCUCCGAUGACACCGUUCGACGUCAAAAUCAAAGCCUUCAACAGCAAAGGAGAGGGACCCUUCAGCAUAAAAGCCGUGGUUUACUCUGGACAGGAUGCUCCAUCUGAUGCUCCUGCAGUUGUUGAAGGCAGAGCGUUGUCCGCCUUAACAGCUAUAGUAUCCUGGAAGCAUGUUGCUAAUGUAGAAGGUUAUCAGGUGAGGUUCUGGAGAAACCAGCAGGACAGUGAAGGAGCCCAAAGAGUUGCUGUGUCAGGCAUGGAGAACCACACCAGAAUUGAGGGUUUAAAACCAAACUCGGAGUAUCACAUUGAGAUUCGAGCCUACAACUCUGCAGGAUACGGGCCUCCCAGUAAACACCUGAAGAUCCAAACCAAGAAACCCCCUCCGGAUCGACCUCCAAAAAUAAUAAGUGCAAAGCAGAGGAAACCGUACUUUAAUAUUGCCUGGGAGGCUGUGGAACCGUUAUCAAAUGAGUCAAAAGUAGACGGUUACAGAGUGCUGUUCAAACCCAAAGGUAACCAGACCAGCACUCUGUACACAACCAACAAGCGCUCCAUAGACAUUCCCGUGCCUGAUAAUCAGGAGUUUGAGGUGGAGAUUCGGGCGCACACGGAAGGAGGAGUUGGAGCCGUGUCACAAAUCGUCUUUAGCGGUGGAGGCGUUGUGGUCAAUCUGUCCCUCUGCGUUUUCUCCCUGCCCCUGGCGCUCCUCUUCUUCCUGAAUCUCUGAAUGUAGCACCAUCUUUGUCUUUAGUGUCUAUGGGGGAUACUCCUAUGGUUGUCAAGGCUCACGCCUACAGGGACUUGGAACUCUUUCCACCAUAUUUUGGUUCCUCCCGAUCAUUGGAGUUUGCCACUUUCCAGCUCUUCUCCCGUGGAUGUGUUUGUGGAAGUAGACAUGGAAGAAGUGGGAAUGGAUAAAGAUAUUCCUCAUUUAUCUACAAAAAGCCUCUUUGAAGGAGUGUCGAAGGAGUUCCGGAAACUCAAAAUGCCUUAUAUAAAUGAUUACUCUUGUCCUUCACAGCAGCUUGACUUGAUGACUGAAAGCAUAACAGCCUGCCGUUUUGUUCUCUGUAAAUUCUCAAACCAGACCCUUCAGAUGCAAAGAGACUUUAUUAUUUUCAGUGCAUUCCAUAGUAUAGGGUGGUGUUUCUGUGAAGGACAAGAGUAUGAAUUAAAAACAAGCAAAACUUCAGUCUGUCUUUACUUGCAGCUCAAUGGGUUUUUUUUUAUUAUCAAGCAAACCCUUUUUUUUAACCAAGUUACAGUCAAAGCAAAUCUCAACCUGUUGCACACUUGAUUUUAGGACAAGCACAAAAAAAAAAUAGCAGUUUGUGUCAUUCUUAAGUGACAUAUACAAUAACAGAUGCAGUUUUUUGAAAUGAAACUCUUAAUUUUUACAGAAAAGCAAAUUGGUUUGACGUGUGUAUGUUGAUCUUACAACUUGAGACUUUAUGUCCAAACCAUCUAAACAAUAUAAAAACAUAUUUGUUUCAACAACGUUCUGAAAACUCCAGUUCAAAUUCACGGUUAAUAAAGCUGCAUCCCAAAAAACAGCAAGAAUAAAACCAACCCAGAUUUGGAGUGCUUUGUUUUGACUGUAUCAUUAGGACCUCAGUGGUAUCAGUUGGUGCUCUGUAAAGACUGUUGGCCUUUGAUUUGUUGUAAACAUUUCCUUUCAUCUUUCAUUGCUGGCAUUGUGUGAGAAUCACAGCAACAGCAGUGAGUUAAAUAACUGUGCAAUGACGGAUUCAUCUGUGUGGCUGCAUCAUGUUUCCUAACAAAGCAGAUUUUUUUGGUCCUUUAACAGCAGUCUUAUGUAUACAUAUAUUUAUAAAUACAUAUAUAUAUUUCAUUUUUCAUUAGUUAAUAUAAGCUAUUGGUAAUCCAAGCCAUUCAUAUCAGUGGUAAGAGCUCAUUAAAAAGCUUGCAAUGCUUUUUUUUAAUGUAUUUUUUAACAUGUUUUUAGAUGCAUUAAUCAGUCGUUAUCAUUGUUUUACAUGAUUCUAUUUGUAUAUCUCAAACCACCUUUGGUUAGACAGUUUAAAAGCCUAUUUCCCUCAAUUGAUGGAAGAAACGCUCUUUUUUGGUGAUUCUUUGGGUCAUUUUUUUGUAUGAUUGAUGCUGGUAAUGCUUCUUCAUCGUGACAGUAUCGAUGUCCACCACAAAGUGCUUUUCCCCCCGAUUUCCUCCAUGCCAUAUAUCAUAGAAAGUGUUGCCAAAUGCAUGAAUGCCUUGAACUCUGACCGGAGCUGGUUCGACAUAAUAACAUGCAUGAGAUCAGAGGCGCAGUGGUACAUUGCUUUGCGACAAACCAACACCACAGCCAUCUCCAGGACUUAUGAAACACAUUCCUUCCUUGAGUGACAUCCCUUUGCGUCAGUUAGAUCUUAGACCAACAUGUGCAUUAGCUAAAAGGCCUCACUGCGCCGGUUAUCUUACAAAGUCUUUUUGAAAAGGGGAGAAAAUCUUAAACUGACUAAAAGGAAUUCCACUCAUCUGAAAACAGAAUCGGUCCUUCGGUCGUGAUGCUUGUAGGAUCUGGUGGUGUUGGCAUCACAUCUGGCUCUCCUGGAAUUGAGUGCUUUUGCUGGAUUUGAAUGGCAUAACAUGAGGGAAGAAACUGAAACCUUUUAUUGGCUGGACAAGAAAUAAUAAAGUGUAGUUAACUACUCUAUUGCUUUGCU